GGUGGGUCGUGUAUGGGUGCUGUCCCAAACACCACAACAAUUUGGCAGGUUGAUGUGAGGUAUAGCGAGGCGUAUGGAGAGGAAGGGAACGCUGGAAGAUGGAUUGCAUUUUAAACUUGUUUACUUCACUGCGUCGCUUGCUUUGAGACACGCGUCACGAUGAUCUGACAGCACUUUGACAGACCUCAGAUGACCAGGCAAGAACAGAUGGUCUCUUAAAAAGUUUAGACCGCGGACUUCAGCAAUAGGAGAAUGAUAAGACUGUCUCGCCAAGUUGUUAUAGUCGCGAUGCAGCAUCUUUUAAAUAUGAAGUUAAUGAAUAAGCCUAUAGCCUAAAGAAAUAUUUAUUGGUGUUUUCGAAUCUUGGUCUAUCACCACAUCACUGAUGCAAAAACAGAGCAACCUAUUGAAGACCCUUUCCACAACAUAGCAAUGCAACAGGAACGUUUGCUGAAGGUUCUUGUGAUAGGCGACUUGGGAGUUGGCAAGACGUCCAUUAUCAAACGGUAUGUCCAUCAUAUCUUUUCUCAACACUACCGAGCAACCAUAGGAGUAGACUUCGCCCUGAAAGUGCUCAACUGGGACCACCAGACUGUUGUGCGCCUACAGCUAUGGGACAUUGCUGGGCAGGAGCGGUAUGGCAACAUGACGCGUGUGUACUACCGGGAGGCAGUGGGGGCGCUGGUGGUGUUCGACAUGACCCGCCUCUCCACCUUCCAGGCCGUCCUCAAGUGGAAGGGGGACCUCGACUCCAAGGUGGCGCUCUCCAACGGCCGGCCAGUGCCGGUGGUGCUCCUGGCCAACAAGUGUGACCAGCAGCAGUACGGCCUGUGCUCCAAGAUGCCCAAGCUGGACGCCUUCUCCAAGGAGCACGGCUUCGUGGGCUGGUAUGAGACAUCGGCCAGGGACGACACCAACAUCGACGCGGCGAUCAUGUGCCUGGUGGAGAACAUCAUGCUGAGCAGUUCUAUGGAGAACGUCGUUCCGCCUCCGGAACCCGACCCCAGCGUGGUCGUCCUGCCCUCGUUUGACUACAACCUCCACGACAGGAGCGGAGCGCCCUGCUCAUCGUGCACCCGGCUGCCCCCCGCGCUCAGGGACCGCAGGGAGUGAGGACAGGACAGGGGAGAUACCAUACGGUAUGGGGAUAGAAAGAAAGAAAGAAAGAAAGAAAGAAAGAAAGAAAGAAAGAAAGAAAGAAAGAAAGA